AGAACUGAAACAGCAAACAGAGAUAAAGCGGAAGAGGGAGUGACAUUGUUGAGCGGUUUGAGGAGUGAGCCACAGAAAGACGCCUAGCUGCAAAUAAAAUGGCGAAAUUCCUAUCACAAGAUCAGAUAAAUGAGUUCAAGGAGUGCUUCUCUCUGUACGACAAGAAGAGGAAGGGGAAGAUCGAGGCGAAGGACCUGAUCACUGUGAUGCGCUGCCUGGGCACCAGCCCCACUUUCAGUGAAGUGGACCGACACCUGCAGGUCCACAAGAUCGAUAAAAAUGGCGAGCUGGACUUCUCCACCUUCCUGACCAUGAUGCACCGGCAGAUCCAGCAGGAGGACCCCAAGGCGGAGAUCCUGGAGGCCAUGCGUAUGACAGACAAGCAGAAGAAGGGCUACAUCCUGGCUUCUGAGCUCCGGGCCAAACUCACCGGCCUGGGCGAGAAGCUCACAGAUAAGGAAGUGGAUGAGCUGUUCAGAGAGGCGAAUGUGGGCCCAGAUGGACGCGUGCACUAUGAAGACUUCACCAGGAUGGUCACCCUGCCACCUGUAGAUUACUGAGCGGAAGGACAAGAUGGCUGACUUGAGCACAGGAAGAGGGUGCUUCCCUGCACAAGAUACAGGGUGUACCUAAUUCACAUCCACUCAAUUAUUCCCAUACUCUGUCUCUGUAGGUCCUUUUAUCCACCCAGAACUGAAAAGGAAGGUGCAAGCUUGGUUGCUUUGGGCUGCCAUGGACCAAAAGGCUGGAUCAGAUUAUGCCGACUCUGAUUGACUUAACUUGACUUUGACUUAACUACUUUAUUUAGUAUUGGGAGAAUAAAUCACAAGAUGUUUUCCAAAGCCUUCUAUGUGUUGAUUAUUUAUCAUAUUUGUGUUUGCCGUAGUGGAGAAACCCGGACAAAGAAAUGGAAACUCGCUGGCAGGUUGUUCUCUCUGUGGCUCUGAGGAUUUUGUUGUUAACAGUGAGCUGUUUCAUGGUGACCUGUCAUUCAAUAGCAAUGAUCACUUAAGCCACUCUGACAGAAAUACAGGGCGGGCACGAAUAUGACUAUCUUUUUUUUUAUAAAUCAAAGCAUAUACAGACAUGUAGAAAAUAAUCUAGAAUGCUCAUAUGUUUUUAAUGUUUUCAUAAUUUCAAAUUAAAAUGAAAAGAUUGCAUUCGAAGCAUAGGAUGAGCAAUAAUACUAUUUUCCACCCUAAAGGAUAAGCAGUGUUAAUGUUUAUUAUAGCAUAUAAUUUUUACUUUCUUCAAUUUAUGCCGUAGAGGAAUAAAACCCACUUGCACUCUGUUCAACAUCCGCUCUCCCUUAUUAUUAUGUAAAGCAUAUCACAGGCAUUACACACCACUAAACUCCUCGAGGCUAAACUGGACAUUUUCACAAAUGCAUGAACUGAGCCAAAUUUGUAAUUAAUGUCAUGGUGCUACAUUUGCGACAGCACUUCUGUUGAGUUGACUCUUUCCA